AUGGGGUCAAUGAUGGAAUGUCCUUCAUCUGUUUUAUUUCCAGUAGCGUACCGGCUGCUUGUGAUAGGGCCAACGUGGAAUGUAGACGGAGUUGACUUGGGCCCAGGCUUGUUUGGCCCAUGGUGUGAGAUCAAAUCGGAAUGUGUAUUUGCAAGUGCUUUGCUUGCCCGGACAAGGGAACCCAGAGUAGAACCAGGCAACACCAUGUUCUGUCAAUGGCAAUGGCGCUCUGUCGAACCAUACCCGCCGAUUCCUUUCCCAUUCAACGUCACAGGAACUGCUAUGAUCAAAGCCAGUUCUGCUAGGUUGCAAUUGAGUUAUGCCAGUGUAAGAGCCGGAGGACCUUUUUGCGAGGUCAGCAUGUCCAGGCAGCUUAAAGCAGCAAAAAGUGCCAUCACAUCCUCUUCCACACGCCAAUUCAGUGAGGGAAGACGAGACGAGGUAAAUGUUCGAGGGCUGCUCCGAGAGCACGGGUUUCCAGCAGUCGCCAUGCGACGGAGGAAUAUCACAGGCGAUGGACAACGUGCAAACAAACUCCAGGAACAGGAAGGGUUGUUGAAAGUUUAUCAUUCGCUCCGAAACUUACACAAGGAGGAGGAACUGACCAACGUAGCUGAUUAG